ACCGUGAUCGAGUGGGUGUCGAGAUCAGGAACAAACACACAGAAUAGAUUAAACCACGAUGUAGAUAAUCUACAUCGUGGAUUAAACUGUAUCUCGGAAUACGCAUGGAAUUAUAUUGUUCCAAUUACAGACUAAGAUAGGCACGACGAUGUGAUAACAACGUUUAAAGCAAGUAUGGUAUAAACAACAUAGUGAUAAAGACGACGUCGGACAUUAACAACAACGGCAGCAUCAGGAGCAGCAGCGACAACAAAUGACAAUGUCGACAACGGUCGAUCGUAAUAAAUCUGUUGCAAACACAGCAACUGCUCAGUCGAACGUGUAAAGGUUUCGUUUUUGACCCGUGGCGAAUCCACCAUCGCGUGAGUUGUGCGUCUUCGCAUUUUCCCGCCCGCGUACGGGUAGUGGGCGCGCGAGAGACGAACAGAAAAGGAAAUGUCGUUUGGAGUUUGGCCAUUGCGCAAUGUCGAUCCUGUGAACGGCCAGCAGUUGAAAAAACGUAAUGUUCUUGAUACGGAAUGAUACGUCGCCUGCAGCAGUGGAGGAGGAGAUGGCAGUGACGGACAAUGCACGGAGUGAUGGCUAUUGCAUCGGUGGUCACAUUCAACGAUCGGCAUCUGACGUCAAAAUGAAAUUCAUAAACGAAUGCAUACAGGAAAUCAAUCCUGCUAUGGAGACAAUUGUGAAGAAAUAUGACGUAUUAUUCAAUGGUAUGGUUCAAAAUACUACGCUUACAAGUUUAGAAAAUUAUUCUUCCAAUAAUACAACAAUUGAUAUUGGCUCUACUAUAAAAUGUAUGAGUUCUGUUGAAGAAGUAUUAUCAUCUGACAAUACAAGUUGUAUAAUUAAAUUAAAAGAUAAAUAUAAAGGUUUACUACCAUCAAGUUUAAAAAAUUAUUCAACCAAUAAUGAAUCAAUUAAUUUUGACUCAACUGUAAUAAGUGUGAAUUCUGUUGAGAAAAUAUUACCAUCAGAUGCAAAUACAUACUGUGACACUAAAUUCAAAAAUAAAUUUGAAAAUUUAUUACCAUCAAAUAAAACAAAUUAUGUAAUUAAAGGAAGUGAUAGAUGUAAAAUAUUAUCAAUACCAAAUCAUAUAAGUAAUGAAGUAAAAUUUAAAAAUAAUUGUGUUUAUGUGAAUCAUAUAAAUGAGAGUAAAAUUGAUGACAAAUUUGUAAAAAAUAAUAGUUCUAUAGAAACAAAAUCAAGCUUAGAUAAUGCAUUUAUAGAUUGUAUGGGUGAAAUUCACAGCAACUUAUCCUUAAGUGACAAUAUUUUUGAAAAAAUAAUUACAAAAAAUGAAAAUGUAACGAUUCCAAUAAUACAUUCAGAUUUACACAAUCAUAAAAGAAAAUCAUCAUUAAUUUCAGAUAGUUGUAAUAGUAUAAUUGAAAGUGAUAGCUCUUAUUUUAAUACCUCCAAAAAAAUAUACUCAAUUGAUGAAAUUAAAGAUUCUGAUAAUCUUCCAAAGCCAAGACCAAAAUCUCGUCAAGAAAUUGCUGUUGGUAUUCCUAAUAUUUUUGCUGAUCAAUCAUCUGAAGUAGAAUAUUUUAAAAUAACUUUAGAACGGUUUUUGCAGCAAGGUAUUUGCUUAAGUUUACCACCCACAAUUAAUAAGUGUAUUGAAUGUCGUGUUUACCAGAUGAAAACAAACUUAACAAAGCGUGAUUACGAUAGUAUAACAUGUAGAUUUUAUGCAUUCCGGCAGUUAAAAUUUACAAAAAAUGGAAAUUUGGCUGUUGCUGGUUAUCCUGAUCCUAAUAAAAAUAUUCAAUCUAUGGAUAUGGGUAUGUGGUUACCUGGUCAGUAUUCAUCAACUCCAAGUGAUUUUAACAUUCAAGUUUCAAGAAAAAUUUUAGAAGAUGUAGGAGGUCAAUUUUGCAAAUUUGUUCAAGAUGAAAGAGAAGCUUUAAAAUUGAAUUGGUCAAGUCAACAGCACAAACGUAAAAUUGUAUGGAAAAAAUGUGUUAAUGGUAUUAGAGAAUUGUGUGAUGUAUGUAAAACAACCAUAUUCAAUCACCAUUGGUCUUGUGGUAAAUGUGGAUUUGUAGUUUGUGUUGAUUGUUACAAGAGUAAACUCGAGGAUAAACAACCAAAAUCAACUAUAAAGAAUCAAUUUAAUAAAAAAAUUUGGUUACCCUGUUCUGAUCAAAAAGAUCAUGAGGUUGAUCAAUUAUCUAUUACUCAAAUAUUAGCUGGUGAUGCUUUAAAUUUUAUUUCAAAACUUAUGCAUAAAGUAUGCAUUUCUCAUAACAUAUUAUUAGAUUGUAAAUGUGCCAGAAAAAUGAAAAAUUUUAUACCUUCUAUUUCUACUGAUACUAUUGCGGAUUUUUUUCUGAGUGAUAAUUAUAGAAAAAAUGCUGACAAAUAUAAUGAUAAUGAAAAUACAAAAUUGAAUAUUUUAUUGAAGAAAAAAUUGUGUGAAUACCGUAGAUCGACAAAAGUUACUGAUAUAUAUAAAUCCAAUGAUAAAAGUAAAAGUAUUUUGUCUAGGAAGAACUUUAAAGAAAAAAAAUGUUGUUCAUUUAAAUAUGUUAAAAGAAAACAAUUAUUUGCCCCGCAAAUGUCAUUAUUACUUGAAAAUAAUCUCAGUUCACCUUGUAUGUGGCUUUGUGAAGGAAACCUGUUAUUUUUAUUAGAUCCAAAUGAUAACAACAACUAUAAACUUUUUCAGAAACAAUGGAAGCGUGGUCAACCAGUUAUGGUAAAAAAUGUUGGUAACAAUUUAAGUUCUUUGUUGUGGCAUCCAGAAGCAUUUUCUCGCGAUUUCGGUAAUUAUACUAAUGACUUGAUCAACUGUACCACUGGAAAAAUAAUCUCCGACCAACCCAUGUAUAAAUUCUGGGAUGGAUUCGAAAAUGCUGCUGAAAGAUUAUGCGAUAGUCAUGGCAAAACAAUGCUAUUAAAACUCAAAGAUUGGCCUCCAUCAGCAGAUUUUGCUGAGACACUGCCAGAUAGAUUUCAAGAUUUGAUGAAAUGCUUGCCAUUGAAAGAGUAUACUCAUCGUACUGGUAGAUUCAAUUUGGCUUCCCGUUUGCCUAAAUGUUUUGUUCCACCCGAUUUAGGCCCAAAAAUGUAUACAGCUUAUGGUAAUGCAGGCACAAAGCACAAAAAAAUAGGGACUACUAACUUGCAUUUAGACAUAUCUGAUGCUGUUAAUGUUAUGGUUCAUGUUGCAAUUACAAAGAACUGCCAAGAACUUGGCUUCAAUUGGCAUGUGAAUAAAGCUUUACAAGUCAUUGAAGAAGCAGGUUGCGAUGAUUUGACUAAAAGACGUAUUUAUAUUAACGGUGAAAUUCCGGGUGCGCUGUGGCAUAUUUACCAUGCAUCCGAUGCAGAUGCCAUUAGGGACUUAUUAAUUAAAGUUUCUGUUGAACACGGAUUACCUCUGGAACAAUGUAGUGAUCCAAUACACGAUCAAUCACAUUACCUAGAUGAUAAUCUCAGAGAACGUUUGUUCAAAGAAUAUGGAGUUAAAGGAUACACUAUUGUUCAGUGUUAUGGUGAUGCGAUAUUCAUUCCUGCAGGAGCUCCACACCAGGUUAGAAAUCUACACAAUUGUAUUAAAGUUGCUGAAGACUUUGUGUCACCAGAAAACGUCCAUCAUUCAUUUCGCAUGACGCAAGAGUUUCGUAAUUUAACUGAUAGUCACACAAAUCACGAAGAUAAGUUGCAGAUCAAAAAUAUUGUUUUUCAUGCGGUAAAAGACUCAAUUUCAGUAUUGAUGCAUAGCCAAAAUAAAUAUAUAUAAAAUAUAUUGUGCGUGACUAUUUGUAUAGUGUUAUAUAAAUUUUAAAUAAUUAAAC